AUGGCAUCAGAAGCCGGUGCUCGAGAGCCUUCUGAUUUCAGAGAGGUGACUUCGGGGAUGAAAGCAGCACCAUCUGGGUCGCCUCUCCUGGCAUAUUUCCGACUGUUGGCCUACGCGACUUCAACAUGGACCGACAUUUGGCUGAUGGCAACGGGGACGACGUGCGCCGUCGCUGCCGGUGUGCCAUAUCCCUUGAUGGCGAUUCUGUUUGGAGAGCUGGUCAAUGACCUCAACGGAGCCUCCUGUAAGGUGGACGCCUCCGGAAACGCUUUAGUAUAUGAAGCUGCGAUUAACGACAAGGUGCUGAAACUUGUUUACAUUGCCAUCGUAGCAUUUGCCCUGACUUUUGGCCACAUCAUCUGCUGGAGCAUUUUAAGCCAACGCCUCGCAUCUCGGUUGAGAGAAGAAUAUUUCCAAAAUAUUCUGCGCCAGGAUCAAGCGUUCAUCGACCAUCAUCCAGAGGGCCAGUUAUCUUCGCGUCUUAGCGCUGACAUCCAGGCUGUUCAAUCUGGAACGUGCGAAAAGGUUGGAGUUUUUAUUGCGAGUAUUUCUUUCUUUGUUGCCGCCUAUGUCGUGGCGUUCAUCAAGCAAGCGAAGCUUGCUGGGAUACUUAUAUCCCUUAUACCGGCAUUUCUCAUCGUCGCUAUUAUCGGAGGCGGCUUCUUUCAAAAGUUUUCAACUCGAAUGUCUGAGUCUGCCACUUCCGCAGCGGCGGUAGCCUCGGAGUCACUUUCAAACAUUACUAUUGUGAAAGCGUUUAGUGCUGGUUCAAGGCUGGAGCGAAAGUUCGCAGAGUAUUCAGCAAUCAGCCGUGGACAAGGCAUCCGCAAAGGCGCUGUCGUAGCUGUACAGGCGGGAAUGCUUUACUUUAUAGCUUACUCCGCAAAUGCUCUCGCGUUCUGGCAGGGCAGCAGGAUGAUCGCGGACAUGCUCAACGGAAAGGGCGACGGAACUUCUGUCGGGGAAGUUUACACCGUGAUAUUUGUGUUGGUUGAUGCUUGUGUGGUUCUUGGAUCAACAGCUCCUCUCCUACCACUCUUCGGAAAUGCCGCAUCGGCUUUCGAGAAACUGAAGCAAGACAUUGAUCGUAGAUCAUUGCUAGAUGGCACAUUGACUGGGGGUGACGACUUGUCCCCAGAAACGCGAGGAGAGCUUGAAUUUUGUAACGUUUCUUUCAGCUAUGCUUCACGCCCAGACGCAAUGGCGCUUCGGAAUCUUAGUAUUUCAUUUCCUGCGGGAAAGCAAACCGCCAUCGUCGGGGCAUCUGGUAGCGGCAAGUCAACGAUUGCAGCUCUGAUGACCAGGCUCUAUGACCCAACUGAUGGAGAAAUUCUUUUCGACGGGAAGAACCUGUCUCAUAUCAACAUCCGAAACCUCAGAGGAUUUAUAGGCCUUGUACAACAGGAACCAUUAGUGUUGCAUCGGUCGAUCCUGCAGAAUAUAGCCCUUGGCCUUCUAAACUCAUCUAAUCCGGCGCAUGAUAGGUUGAGGAACCAUUUGGGAGACAAUUUGAUUUACAGUGGCGGUACCUCUUCGGCAAUGGAUCAAGAAGUUAUCAACGAAGUUAUUGAUCUCGUGAAGCACGCGGCUCGACUGGCGGACGCCGAUAGCUUCAUCCAGACUUUCGAAAAAGGUUACGACACAAUUAUUGGGGCCAGCGGUCUUUCUCUAAGUGGUGGACAAAGGCAGAGAAUCGCUCUCUCUCGGGCACUUGUUCGAGAUCCUAAAGUGCUCAUUCUAGAUGAAGCGACAGCAUCGCUUGAUUCGCUAAGCGAGGAGCGCAUCCAAGGUGCUAUAACCAGACUUGCAGGCACACGAACAGUCAUCUCCAUUGCUCAUCGUCUUUCAGCCAUUAGAAAUGCAGACAAUAUUGUUGUAUUGAAGGCAGGAGAAGUGAUUGAACAGGGCACCUAUCAGGAGCUCAUUUCUCGACCAGGAUUAUUUGCUGAUAUGGUUAAUCUCCAGGCCCUCAACCAGUCUCGCACGAGUCAGGACGAUGUGCUGUCGACCGUAAGCUCGGUUCAGACUUCUAUGGGAAUUGAUGCGGAGAAGAAGACCUCACAUCGUGAUGAUGUUACCUCCUUACGCCGAUCGACGCACCAUGGACACUCGGAUGAGAAUAUGGCUUCCAGGGUACCAUCAAAAGAGAUCGAUUCUACCCUGUCUUCCCGCAAAAUCUGCAGAGACACAGCUCGCUUUACCAGGCCAGAUUUAGCUUGGCUCACCAUCGCGCUGAUUGCUGCAGUCGUCGUGGGUUUAACAUUUAUUGCUGCUGCCCUGAUAUUUGGCCAUGUGGUGGAUGCUCUGAGCCCCUGCAGGGCUACAUCGAGCCGCAUUCUUCAUCUUGGCCGGUUCUACGGCGGCAUGCUCUUUAUGGUUGCUGGUGUGGAGCUGUUCGCGAACUACCUGAGCUGGUCAUCCUUUGCAAUAGUCUCGGAGAGGCUUCUGUAUCGGCUGAGGGUGUCCUCGUUCAGCUCGUUGUUGUCCCAAGAUAUUGACUGGUACCAGGCUAGGAGCCAUAGUCAUUCCACACUGCUAUCAAUCAUCACAAAAGACGGCAGCGCGGUAGCCGGAUUUAGUGGCUCGACAAUAGGUACCAUAUUCUCAAUCCUGAUCAGUUUCUCAGCGUCCCUGAUCAUGUCGCAUAUUGUUGCAUGGAAGGUCGCGCUUGUAUGCUUGAGUAUGGUGCCUAUUCUUUUGGGAUCAGGAUUGAUGCAACUAUUCAGUUUGUCCCGGUAUGAAGAGAGCAGCUCAAAGGCAUUUGCGAAAUCAAUCAGUAUCUGCAUAGAGGCGGUAGCUUCCUUCAAAACUGUUGCUACAUACUCUCUUGAGGACGAAGUCAUGGGCACUUACAGGACGGCUUUAAGAGAUCCACGCCAGAAGAUAACAACGGCAAGCAUUUACACGAAUGUUUGGCUGGCUAUCUCGCUCAGUGUGGGCUUCUUCGUUUAUGCUUUUGCAUACUGGUGGGGUUCGCACCAGAUCAUUCGGGGUGAAAAUACUCAACAACAAUUUUUCAUCGUACUUGUUGCGAUGCUCGUGAGUGCUCAGCUAUGGGGCCAAAUGUUCAGUCUUGCACCUGAGGUCUCGCGGGCUCGUACGGCUGCUUCGCGAAUUCUGUCUGUCAUUAGCUUUCAGGACUCACACAGAAGCCCACCAUUGCUUGAGACGCCAUCAUCUUCGACCACUGGUCGUGACGUCGAAAAGGCAGCAGCCGUUCAGACUGCCACGCAAGGUGGACCCAGACAUGGUGCUCGUGUUGACUUCUCUGCGGUCAACUUUGCCUACCCAUCUCAUCUCACUACUCUUAUCCUGAAAGAUGUUACCUUUUCCAUCCAACCAGGCCAAUUUUGCGGUCUAGUGGGACCUUCAGGUGCAGGUAAAUCCACGAUCAUGAGCCUGCUUCAGCAUAGUUACCGUCCGACAUCUGGCCACAUUAGAAUUGACGGCGUAGAUAUAUCGGACCACGACUUUCGGGAUGACAUUGCUGUGGUUCCACAAGACAAUAUGCUCUUUAGUGGCUCAAUUCGAUUCAAUGUCGGGCUCGGAGCAUUACCGGAUCGUGAAGCUACAGAUGGAGAAAUUGAAGAUGCUUGCAAGUUGGCUAACAUCCACGAUACCAUCAUGGCCUUGCCGCAGGGGUACGACACUGACUGUGGGCCCAAAGGUACCCAACUUUCGGGUGGUCAGCGCCAGCGACUGACAAUAGCGCGUGCUUUGGUGCGUAAACCGCGACUGUUGCUUCUGGAUGAGAGCACGAGCGCCUUAGACGCCGAAACAGAGCACAUCCUCCAAGAAGGGCUUACCCGCGCAGUCCGUGGGUCCGGUACUACCGUCAUUGCAGUCACACAUCGUUUGCAUACUGUUAUGAGAGCUGAUAUCAUCUUCAUGGUCGAAGGCGGUAUGAUUGUGGACUCGGGAAGCCACGUUGACCUCAUGAAAAAGAAUGAACGCUACAGGUUGAAUGUACAGUACCAGAUGCUCCAAUAG